AUGCACUUACUCUCCCCUUCUGAAGAGGCUCUUCUCGACCUUCGCACGUUCAGAGCGGACCCAGCAGAAGCAGUCAUGCUGCAGGACAUUCCAACAGCUAUCAUAACCGAAGCAUUCAAAGAAGCUCAAACACGCAAGCUGCCCGAAUGGAACAUCCUCUCCUCUUUCCAUGAAGACUUCAGGUAUCCUCUCGGCGACAUAAACAAUACAAAGUACCGGAUCGCGGUCCACUUCAAUAACAUCUGCAACGAAGACGAUGACAAUAUUAUGGAGUCUGCGGAGGACCUUCCCCCAAUUGCAAAGCUCUGGAUUACACCAGAACAAUACACGAAGCCGGUUAGCUCGGGGUUCGUCGAGUGUCGCGAUGUAUUCGCUCUCCGCCCGAAGCGUGUGACCAUCCCCGGCAAAGGUGAAAUUCUUGGCUUGCAAUUUGGACACAUUGAGCACUACACUGCAAACAGCCAAUGGAAGCAGAGUGGCGUUAUUGUCUUCGCGAAGGUUGAUGGCGACACUGGAAAGGCCAAGGGUGGACUCUACUGCAUCAAGGCUAAGGCGAUAGAGGGCAUGGAGUGGCUCGGGACCUCGCCCGAUACCGCAAUCAUCCGCGACCUAUGUGGGCCUGGCUCUUCGAACUGGGGCCGCAUAAUCAGCUUGGACUCUAUUUGUGGAGGAGAGGAUGGCGACAAUCAGGAUUGCGACGAGGUGAUGUUUGUUGCAGAUCGGGUUCUUUCGAACAACGAGCAAUGGUGGAUUGCACCGACUCCACAUCAAAUGCCUUCAACCGAGAGUGAGCUUCCGCUGCUGUUCACCAAUGAUUGGGAGGAGUUCAACCCCACUGAAGGCUUGAAAGACUUGAAGAAUCCCGGCAAGACGCAGAAAUCCAGGGUACAAAUCAGACUCCAGUACGCUCACGAUUGGUUGGCUUGCGUAAAGUACCUUCAAGACUCCUUCGAUGCGAUAUUGCCGGCGUUGGGCGAGGCCCAAAUUGGUUCGCUCCCGGAGCGAUUCAACACGCGCGUCUUAUGGGAGUGGCAGCAUAUGGUUGAGCCAGUUAUAACGCAGCUUGUUCCGCUUGCGGAAAACAACACCACUCUGCUGGCCAUUUCGGGAACCCCAAGAAAGGCCGGAAAGCCUUCCACUAUGGCCGAUCUGAUCAAGGACAUCAAGGAACAACAGCGCGCAUGCAAGAGCGCUUUGGACAAUUUGACCAAGCGCAUAGGUGUACCUGAGGAUUACACUGCAUCAAAGGGCGCCAGAGUCCCCACCCAAUCACCCAUUGAGCUUAUUUUCGAGGCUUGGGUACACCAGGUACACCAGGUACACGGUGAUUUGGGCCGCACCGGAGAUACUCCGCAGCUCUGCAGCCUGCUAGGUACCAAGUUGGCCGAGCUCCGAGCCGCGCAUCCUUUGAGAGAAGUCCCCGCCAAACGAAGAGUGCUAUACUGGCCGCGAACAAUCCACAUCGACUUCUGCUGCUGCAUCACAGGGAGCACCAAACCCGAUGUGGAUUGGCCUUACGACAGCUCCAAAAAACCCUUCUUCAGCAUCUGGAAAGCUCGGACGAACAUGAACAACAACAAAUUCUGGGGAAAGUACCAGCAAGCAUUCAACCUGUGCGAGACGCUGCACGACUGCCCGAAGGGCAGGUUGUCAGAAGAGAAGAUAAGAGCACUCCCAGCUUCGCCUCGUUUCAUGCAGAAGCAUACCGCUCAAGCCAUCGGCGCAGACCUGAAGAUGAAAGCGGCAUGCCCAACUUGCAGGGUAGUUUGGGGGUAUAGGGAGGUUAAGGUUCCGCCGCCAUACUAUCACAGGGUUUGCUGGCCGGGCUCUUGCGCGGAGUAUCCAUCGGCGAUAAGGUGCCACACUCUUUACCCUCGACUGACUGUUGGACUGGAGGAAGAGGAAGGCGAAGCGGAAAGAGAAGAGUGA